AUAUAUGUCCAAUAGAUCAAGGUCCAAGGGUAUAUAUAAAAACAUCACAAAGACAUAGCUUCAGUACGCUAGUCGCUGCUAAUCAGUACUAAUCACGACCAGGCCCAACCUUGUGCAGCCAACAACUCAAUCAAGCAUAGACUAACUGCCCCAAAUGCAACAACUACAGUUAUAUGCAGCAAAGCCACUCAUCAUCCCCAACGCUACUUGGUCUUGUUCUCCCUGCGACCCUGCCCAAUCAUGGGAGCCACCUCGCUUUCAUCCAGAACGGCAGCAGCCAUCCUCCACCUCGUCCUCCUCCUCGCAGCAGCUCGACGCCACGGCGCCACGGACUACACCGUCGGCGACUCCGCCGGGUGGACCAUCGGCCCCAACUACCUCACCUGGUCGCAGAAAUACAACUUCACCGCCGGCGACACCCUCGUGUUCGACUACGUGAAGGAGCAGCACAACGUGUACCAGGUGACGCAGGACGAGUUCCGGACGUGCGAGCCGCCGGCGAACCAGACGAAGGGCGUGUGGGCGACGGGCCACGACCUCGUCAACCUCACCGCGCCGGGGGACUACUACUUCCUCUGCAACGUCGCCGGCCACUGCCUCGGGGGAAUGAAGUUCUCCAUCGCGGUGGUCGCGCCGGCCCCUCCGCCACCGCCGUCGCCGCCCCCACCGGCCCUGCCGCCGCAACCGCCGAGCUCGGGCGGCACGCCGUGGAUUGCACGGCGGCCCGCGUGGCCGGAGGUGACGCGGAUCCCAUUCCUCGCGGCGAUCGGCCUGCUGUUUCUCGCUUGAUCAUCGAUUGCGAUUGGUUGGUGGUUGUACCAGUAUUUUUGUGAUGGUUGACCUGGACCGUUUCUUGGCUUGGUUGUACCAAUAUCUUUGUUUUUUGAGAAAAUACACGAAAUUGACCUGGACUACUAUGCAAGUAAUGGCCUACUGCGCAUGUACUAUAUCUACGGUUGAUUGAUAGUGUUGACAUUGUACUCGUCAUGUAACAAUGCA